GGGCCGCGGGGGCGCGCGCGCGGGCGCGCCGGCCUGGCCUGCCCCUCCGAGGAGCCGUAGCGCGGGAGGGAGGCGGCAGCGCAGUGGUCCGUCGGUCCGCCGGUCCGUGGGUCUGCCGGGCCCCGCCCUGCCUCCCGGGGCGGCUCGGCUCCAUGGCCCGCGGCGGCGGCGGGAGGUGGCCCCGGAGCCUCGGGGACCGCUGACCGGGCGGUGGGGCCGGGCCAUGGGGGACAGAGCCGUCCACAGCUGCUGGAGCCGGGAUCCCUACCCGAGCUGGAGCGGCGCCCCCUGCUGAGCCCCGAGCGCUGCGAGAGAGGAGGGCGCGCGCGGCCCCCCACCCAGGGCCCCGACAUUCCAGACCCGGCCCGGCUAGGGGGCCGCCCGCGCGCCGUCACAGAUCCCAGCCCAGGACCCGGUGAGCGAGGCACCGGCGCUGCCCCCGGCCUGGCUGCACCCCACCCUACCCCCAUCCCGCUAGCCUCCUGGGCUCCGGCGUCCGCCCCCAUCCGGCCUCCCUCAUUGUCCUCGCUCGCCCCGGCCUUGUGUCUCGCAGAGGCGCUCGGCCCCGGCCCCACUUCCACAUCCCCCACUGCAUGCACCCCUCCCCAGGGCUCCACACCCACCUGUCCUACUGCCUCCCCCGUCCCGAGGUGCCACGUGUUCAGCCUCCCAGCCCCGCCCAGACGCACCCCUCAGUUUGGUGGCUAGCCUGACCCAGAGCCCCUGCCCUGGAGGGAGGGGUUGGGAAUACUUGCACGUGGGUCUGGGUGUAUGGCUACGCUUGUAUAAGUCCGAGCCGCGGUUUGUUGAUAUAUGUGGCUCCGUAUGUUACUGUCACCCCAAGUGUGUCUAGCUCUAUAUGUAGGUCUCUGUGUGUCCCUUGAGUGUGGAUGCCGACUGCUGGUACUAAAGCAGUCUAUGUGAUUUUGUGACUGUUUGAGAUAUUCUGCUCUCAGGAGCAUGGCCAGAAGUAUUUUUUGACCUUUUGGAACUACAGGGGAGACCUGGUUCGAGCAAGGGCACCCCCAGCCCCCACCACCUCUGCCAGUGUAUGAACUUUACUCCUCUAGGGUCCAAGUGUACCCCAUUUCAGGAAUCAGAACUAGCUUUGCUAAUCAGGCUCCAGAGCUAGCUAGCUAGCCUGAAAUCUUAGGUGAGGGGCUCUCUAUUGCUUGCCCCACGGGGUAUGCUCUUGCCCCUUGUUCCAGUGGGAAGGACCUGUUUAAACAUCUCUCCUUUUUGGGUGGAGGGCACUCUUGAGUGCUGAAGGCUCCUUCUCAGCCUGGUCCUAGUUGGCUAGGCCUGCUUGCUGUUGGGACCUGAGUGCUCAAACUGGCCAUGGGUCUAAGUGACUUCCCUUCAUGGCCCUCGGAAGGACUAAAUGAAGUCAUAGUAUAAAGAAUUCCUUACGUGAUGGGCACUCAGUAAGUGAUCCAUUCUCUAAACCAUGUGUCCUGUGUUGAGGAUUCUGUCCUGUGAUGUUGCUGGUCCCUGGGCCACAGGUGGAGCCUGUGGAUAAAAGUGGUUUGGUGCCGAGGUACAGUCCUGGGUAAUCAAAUUCCCCUGUCUGUACUGUUGUGGGUAUGCGUGCACGGAGUUGUACGGUGAGGGUUUAUGUGUGUGGUUAGGUGGUUUGAGUGCUGGGGUGUGCCUAGGAUAGCAGAUACUGAGUUGCCAGCGCCUGUUGGUGUGUUUGCAGGUAGAACACAAACAAGCCCGUGAGUGUCAAGGUGUAUGAAAGGCUGUCAGCCGGAUGCUUGGGCCCAUUGGGCGGGCCAUUGGCCACUUGCGGGAUGAGCAGACUGCUGGGGGGGACGCUGGAGCGGGUCUGCAAGGCUGUGCUCCUUCUCUGCCUGCUGCACUUCCUUGUGGCCGUCAUCCUCUACUUUGACGUCUAUGCCCAGCACCUGGCCUUUUUCAGCCGCUUCAGUACCCGAAGCCCAGCCCAUGCCCUCUACCCUGCAGCCAGCAGCAGUACCAACUGCUCUCGGCCCAACGCCACUGCCGCUAGCUCCGGGCUGCCUGAAGUGCCCAGUGCCAGGCCUGGUCCCACAGCUCCAGUCAUUCCGCCCUGUCCUGACGUGCCGCCUGGUCUUGUGGGCCGAGUGGUCAUCGAAUUCACCUCACCCAUGCCUCUGGAACGGGUGCAGAGGGAAAAUCCAGGCGUGCUCCUGGGCGGCCGCUAUUCUCCACCCGACUGCACCCCAGCCCAAACGGUGGCAGUCAUCAUCCCCUUUAGACACCGGGAGCACCACCUACGCUAUUGGCUCCACUAUCUGCACCCCAUGUUGAGGCGGCAGCGGCUGCGCUACGGUGUCUAUGUCAUCAACCAGCAUGGCGAGGAGACCUUCAACCGAGCCAAGCUGCUCAACGUGGGCUUCCUAGAGGCACUGAAGGAGGAUGCUGCCUAUGACUGCUUCAUCUUCAGUGAUGUGGACCUGGUCCCUAUGGAUGACCGCAAUCUGUACCGUUGUGGUGACCAGCCCCGCCACUUUGCCAUCGCCAUGGACAAGUUUGGCUUCCGGUUGCCCUAUGCUAGCUACUUUGGAGGUGUGUCGGGCCUGAGCAAGGCCCAGUUUCUGAGGAUCAAUGGCUUUCCCAACGAGUACUGGGGCUGGGGUGGCGAGGAUGAUGACAUCUUCAACCGGAUCUCCCUGACUGGGAUGAAGAUCUCACGCCCGGAUGUCCGGAUUGGCCGCUACCGCAUGAUCAAGCACGACCGGGACAAACAUAACGAGCCCAACCCUCAGAGGUGACCCCAGCACCCCAGGUUUAAUAAGAUUCAAAACACAAAGAUGAGCAUGAAGUGGGACGGCAUUGGAUCCGUGCGGUACCGAGUCUUGGAAGUGUCUCGGCAACCGCUCUUCACCAACAUCACAGUGGACAUUGGACAGCCCAUGUCGUGGCUCACUCAAGGCUGACACUAACGGACCAAGGCCCUCCAUGCUUUUCUAGUAUGGAAGGCUGCCUGCCAGAGGCCUGACCUCCAGCCUGGCUGACAGCUGCUCUAAGGGUUGUCCCCAAGACUGUGACUGUGAGCUGUUUUCUGAGUCUAAUAGACAGCUGCACCUAGAAGUUCCAGCAUUCACUUUGAGGGGCGUUUGGGCAAGCCCCACUUAUGGCCCUCUCUGGGGUCAACCCCUCUUCCUGUCCUACUUUUCCCAGCCCAAACCUCCUCACUUUUAGGGUUGGGCCAGCCCCUGCACUGCCUCGCGGAGUGGCCUGGGCUAGGUCACUCCACCUCUCUGUGCCUCAAUUUCCCCACUCCCCUCGAGUCCCCUAGGGCCUGAAAAGGUGGGAGGUUUGACUAGGGGGCAGUGUCUCUUCCAGGGGGGAAUUCCUCAGAUCUGGAGACCCCUCAUGCUUCCAGGGGAGGGGAAACCUUUUUCAUUCAACAUUGUAGGGGGCAAGCUUUGGUGAGCCACCUACUGAGGAGCACCCCCAGGAGGGGACCAGAAGGGGUGCUGUGUUGUUUCCUGGGACCAUGGGGUUGACCUUUGCAUGAGGGACAGGUGGGGCCUGGAUCAGUCAAUGGAUCUGGCCUCCCUCCCUUAGAGAGGAGGCAGGAGCCCCAGGGCCUGCUCUGUUUAUAUGUUGCACAGAAACUUGUGUGGGUGCUUUAGUAAAAAACGUUAACGGAGCAGCCCCCUUGUCUGUCUGUGAACGGGAUCUGGAUUCCCGAAGCUAGUUUGUGUUGUGGGAGGUGACCUGGCUAGGGUCUUCUAGUAACUUAAUAAAUUUCCUAGCCCUGCCACUUCCA